GUCGUGAUCUGUCCUGUGAUUGGUGGAGCCGCAGCGUGCGCUGCUGGAAGCGCGAAACACGGUCGGUAGAUCAUGGCUCAACAGUGCGACUCGACACCCGGACACGGAGGUUUUAAACACACACUGGAUAUUUUGCGCUCGUUAUAUCCGCUCGUACAGACGCUCGAGGAGUUUAGUGAUGGCCUCGUGUUCUCUGACGGACGGAAGCCGGUUUUGAAGGAAGAGAGUGACGGCGCGCGCUUUCUCAGCCUCACCAGAGGACUGAUGGUAUGCGCGCUCACGCCACUGCAGCCACUGCCCUCUCAUGUACAGCUCGGCACGCUGCCUGAAGUUUUGGCUUUCUCUCUGAACCACAUUAAACGUAAGAAGCAAAGGAACGUUCUGGGAUUCGGAUAUCAGUGCAGCGAUGUAUCGGCCUGCUUUGACCCCUUCCGAUUUCACGGAGACAUUUCCCAGAGCGCCGCCUACAUUAGCACCAGUGAACUGUGGAAGAAAAUCAACCAGAGGCUCGGGUCAGAGGUCACGAGAUACCUGCUGCAGGACUGCGCCGUGUUCGCAACCGUCCCGCCCUCGUGUUUGCUGCAGGUGUGCGGUGAACCCGUGUAUGACCGGAUGUUGUCACGGCCCUGGUCUGGAUUCAGCCUCAGCAAUUACUCGCUUCAAGUUCCUGUCAAAAUAACACAGAAAAAUUCCGCCAAAAUGACUAAUGUUAGGAACAAGAAGAAAAUGGUAGAAAAGACUACAAAGAGAGCACGUGAUGAAGAUGUCGGACAUCAGAAUCUCCCUGCAGUGAAAAGACGACGCAUGUCUGCGGAAGCUGAGCAGGGUGACGUUCCCGGGAAAGAGAGAAUCCGCCCCUCGGAUCGCCCCUCGACCACCCGACCACAAAGCCACGGAGCUAAGAGCUGGAAGCCUGCGGAUCAACCCCCAUCUCGCCCCUCUCACUGUUACGUUCGUGUUCCCAACAUGCUCUACAAUGGGCGGGGCAUGAAGGGCUUCCUGCUCAACAGGAAGUUGAAAACAGGUGCGGUUGGGCUGAGGCGCUUGCAGGGGGCGGAUCUCAUCCGUAUCAUUUUUCUUGGUGGACAAUUUAACCUGUCCAAUGAAAAGCCCAGUCCGAAGAAACUUCCUAAACGUUUCUUCGACGCCGUACCCCUGUUCGCUCGACUCUUGCGUCGGCACAGGAAGUGUCCGUACACUCUCUUCCUGCAGAGGAAGUGCUCGGUGAUCACAGGAAAUGAGGACAUGGAGUCUCUACUGGGGUCCCACUGCUCGGCAUACAGGGUCUAUCUGUUUGUGAGGGAAUGUUUGCUCUACGUUAUUCCAGCUGAGCUCUGGGGCUCCCGUGAAAACCAGCUCCGCUUUCUGACAAAUGUAAAGAACUUCCUGCAGCUUGGAAAAUUUGAGGGGGUCUCGUUGGUCCGGCUGAUGUGGAGGAUGAAGGUUAAAGACUGCCAUUGGCUGGGACUCAAGAAACGUCAGUGUGCGAGUGAACACCGGUACAGAGAGUGGAUCUUUGGUCAGUUUGUGCUCUGGUUGUUGAACGGUUACGUGCUCGGUCUGGUUAAAGCUGUCUUCUACGUCACUGAGAGUAUGGGACAGAAACACACACUGAGAUUCUAUAGGAGAGAAGUCUGGACCAAACUACAGCAAAUGGCUUUCAGAAUGCAUUUGUCAAAAGGCCAGUGGAGGGCGCUGUGUCCUCCCGAGAGCAUUACAUUCCCAGAGACCAGGAUAACAUCCCGAAUCCGAUUCAUCCCAAAGGUCAACGGCAUGAGACCUAUUACACGCCUCACAGGACCCAGAGAAUCACUACAGCAUUUCCAGAGUUGUGUGCGAGUCCUGCAGAACGUGUUAAGUGUGUGUGUGAAGGAGGCCCCGGGGCCCAUGGGCUCGACAGUGUGGGGUUGGCAGGACAUCCACAGAGUCCUCACAGACUUCACCCCUCAACAGAAAUGCUCACCUCGCCCUCUCUAUUUCGUCAAGGUGGAUGUAAGCGGCGCGUACGACAGUCUUCCUCACGUUAAGCUGGUGGAGGUGUUGGGUGAAGUGUUGGGUCCCUUUGCACAGGAGAGCUUCUUCCUGCGGCAGUACGCACGCGUGUGGUUCGACCCGAACCGAGGGCUCAGGAAACGCUUCUGCACGAAGGCUGAGACGUCUGAGCCGCUGAACAUGAAGGGUUUCAUUCUGGAUGCGCAGGCCAGCGGGACGCUGCACAAUGCCAUUCUGGUGGAGCGGCACACAUCUGAGGUCCGAGGGUCUGAUGUCUUGCAGUUUUUUGAGAAGAUGUUAAGCAGCUACAUCAUCCACCAUGAGAAGAAAUUGUACCGUCAGGUGUGUGGUAUUCCUCAGGGAUCUUCUGUAUCGGCUCUGCUGUGCAAUCUGUGUUACGGACACAUGGAGAACUCGCUGCUGAAAGGUUUCGAUAAGGGCGGGUGUCUGAUGAGGCUGGUAGAUGAUUUUUUACUCAUUACCCCCCAUCUGAAUAAAGCCACGGAGUUCCUGACAACGUUGUUGGCCGGUGUCCCCGAGUACGGCUGUAAAAUAAACCCUCAGAAGGUGGCGGUUAAUUUCCCUGUGUGUGAGGAAUGGGAGAGGUCAGGGGUCACCGUGUUUCCGUCUUAUUGUCUGUUCCCGUGGUGCGGUCUGCUGCUCGACACGCAGUCGCUGGAUGUCCAUAAGGAUUACUCACGCUAUAAUGGCCUAUCACUGCGCUACAGCCUGACGGUUGGCUCCGCCCACUCUCCAGCCACGGUCAUGAAGAAACUGCUGUCACUUCUGAGACUCAAAUGUACAGACAUCUUCAUAGACCUCAGGAUGAAUUCUGUGGAGGCUGUUUACAAAAGCUUGUACAAACUCAUUCUUCUACAGGCGCUGAGGUUCCACGCAUGUGUGAAGAGUUUGCCCUUGGGGCAGAAUGUGGAUGCCAACCCUUCCUUCUUCUUAAAGAUGAUCUGGACUAUGUCUCGAGUUAUUAAUAAACUCAUAAGACACACAAAUACAGGUGUGGUUCUGGGUUCAUCAGAUGAAGCAGGUGUCUUGCAGUAUGAAGCUGUACAGUUGUUGUUCUGUUUGGCGUUUGAAGUGGUGUUCACCCGAUACAGACUCUUAUAUCGAGCUCUGCUUCCUUCACUGCACAAACGUAAGAGGCGUCUACAGCGUGUAUUGUGUGGUAUGAGACUGGCACGAGUCCAUCAGGCGGCUACACCCCGAGUCCCUCAAGACUUUAAAACCAUCAAGAUCUGAAAUCAUACAGUGAAUAUUGUGGCUAUAUUUCCAGUGUAUUAUGAGACGCACCUCGCUGUAAUCGUCUCUUUACUGCAGUCACACGGCAGCCGCGUGUUUUCUGUAUGACACAUUUACUCUCAGGAAACACUUUUGCAAGUAACAUUUUGCUUUUAUGCGUCUCAUUGCCUGGUGUUGUAAAGCGUUAAUGGUUUCUCAUUAAACUGAGAGAUGCAGUGCAGUGAUAAGAGAAACUCAUAAACUAAAGCUUGUCCGAGUAGAAAGUGCUUCAGGUCUUUCAACUUUAGUUUUUUACACACGGCCAUUUUAAGACUUUAAUCUGUAAUUAUUGUUAUGCUGCAUGUUAAAUGUUAAUGCGAUGUUUCUACACAGAUUUAAUUGUUAUUUAAGUUAUUUGAAUGAAAAUAAUUGUUGCUUUUUUUUCUUAUAAAACUUGAUGUAUUUUGUGUUCAGUUUGAUCAAAUCAUAUAAAGAUCUCUAAUGUUC